UAUGACUGCUACCAUCAGGAUGUCAACAAACGUGAAAGGGAAUUAAACUGAACUGAAUAUAAUGACGGUUCAAAAACGGAUAUAACGUUAUUUUCGUGGCUACGGCUCACGUGUUUGUUGAAAUAUAAGGAUGACAUCCACUCAGGCCCGUCAGUCAAUGGUUGUUCACAGACUUGCCACAUUGCUGCGAAAUAAUGGUGACUCUGUGCUGGAUGGUUCCAGUACUCUCACUCUGCAAGUGGGAUGUUUACAACACCUGACACAACUCUUUGAGCGGCACCUUCUCUCACGCACACAUCAGCAUGGUUUUCUGGCCCUGCCGUCCCACCCAGCAGACACUGCCUCUCUGCUGGAAGUCCAGUUCCUCUUUGACAUGCUGCAAAAGACAGUAUCACUUAAGCUUGUGAAUCCACCUGGUGUGAAACUACAGUAUGCUGUGAAAAUCUUCCCUUUCAAAUCCCUCAAAUAUUUAGAGCUCAAGCGUAUUCCUCCUCAUUGUCUUGAGGGUCUCAGAGGAGUGUAUUCUCAGCUGGAAGUCUUCACUUGCUCAAAAGGAGUCAGUUCUCUAGAGGAGCUUCUCUCUCUAUGUGGAGGAGAUCUCAGCUCAGCUUUACCUUGGUUAGAACUUCAUACCCUUAAUUUCAGUUACAAUUCCAUUUCCCGUCUCGACGAGUCACUAAGUCUGCUAAACGUCCUGAAGUGGCUUGACUUGAGCCACAACAAGCUCCAUGAUUGUGCUGAAUUUUUAAAGCCUCUUACUGAACUGGAGCAUCUGAAUUUAUCUUAUAAUAACCUCCAGAGAGCACCAACACUGGGCCUGAGCGCCCAAGCCAAACUCACCACCUUGAUCCUUAGAAACAAUGAACUGGAAACUAUCAAUGGGGUGGAGCACUUGUCUUCACUUCAGUGUCUUGACCUGGCUUAUAACCUUCUUAUGGAGCAUUCUCAGCUGGCACCUCUGUCCCUCCUUCAUAAUCUCAAUACAUUGACUUUGGAAGGAAACCCUUUGUAUUUUCUGAAGACACACAGGGCAUCAACUGUCUGCCACCUCUCACGAGCUUCUUUCAAACUCCAGCUGGAUGGCACCCCUCUGUCCCAGUCUGAUCUGCUGAACUUGCCUAAAUCCGGACAACUGGCUGGUCAGAUGUCCCACACUUCUCAACAUGUUUCUGUGGUACCUGACCAAGGAGGGCAGGAAGUGUCCAGUGGAGGUGGGGACAUUACUGACAGUGUGACUAUAAGCAUAUCAGGAGUGACCCGAGUUCGAAAGAGGAAACACAAAAGUAAGGUGAAGGUGAGGAGAGCCAGUAUCUCAGAGCCCAGUGACACAGACCAUGAGAUCAGAGUGCAGUCUGCUUUACAAGAUAUUGUCCUCCCCCAUAAGAAGGACAUUGAGAGAAUGGACAGUUUUCGAGAGCAGUUAGGGGAGGACUGGCUACGCUAUCAGCAUCAUCUUGAUGAUACUCCAGUCAACCCAGCUUUCCCAGGAGUAGAAAGUGUAACCAUUAAAGUGAACACCAAUGGUUGCAGUACACCUCCAUCUCCCCUGCUUAACACACCUCCAACCAGUCUGGAGUUGCUCCCCCCUCCGCUGCUGUCCUCUGAACUGAAAGAGGAAGAGGACAAAGAAGAGAUUGAGAGCACAGACUUGCAGCCUGAGACCGAGUCUACCCUGCAGUGGACAGGGCAAAGCCUCCCGAACACUGAAUCUACUCUUGAGACAAGUCUAGGAAACACCCAGGCUCCAACUGAGGCCUACUCUGACCCACAACCACCACCAGAGGAAGAUGACGAUGAUAGGGGAGUGGACCUAUGCAGGCCAAUGCUGGUGGGGCUGCUGUCAGAGGAUGUGGAGACAAAUCGGAAAAGGGCCUCUGAACCACUCUUCCUGCGAGUGUGGCAGGGUCACCUGCUGGAGGUAGACAUGCACCAGGGGUGUGUUAAAACACGAGUGGAGCUUGACAGUUUGCGAGAUGUUGUAACCACUGAGGCUACGUGCACUGUAGAGAAGGUUGAGAGGACUCACCCAGCCCUGGAGCUCCACUUCCGGUACAUUAGUCGUGAGAGACGUAAACGUUGUUAUAUAAUGUUGGAUGACAAGCCACAGGAAGCAUUGGAGGUAUUAGCAGAGGUUCUCUCGAGAGUCGUGGAGGAAAACAAGCAGCAAGUGGAUGAGGAGAGACCAGAAACAGUUUGGCUACAGUGCCUGAAGUGUCAAGCUGAGUUCUGCCAGCCAGCCACUGAGUCAGACAACAGCCUGAGCCAUCUGGAUGAGCUAAGGAAUGACAGUUGUACUGUCAUCUGCUCAGAGUGCAAUAGCGAUCAUGUGGUUCAGUUGGCUGUCCAAUUAGCUCCUUCCACCAGUACACCAUUGGAACAGAAUGAUGCCAGAUACUUUACAUUUGAUGACAGGGACAACCCUGUCCUUCCCCUUCGCAACAAGGCAUUGGUCCCAGGACAGUCUUUGCUAUCCCGUGGCAGCCCCCUCCAUUUGACUCAGCAUUCAGAGGCCUCCACAGAGGGAGCCACAGCUUACUUUCAUACAGCCCAUAGCUUCCUGUCCAAUUCUUUGACCAGUCAGAAUGAGGCAUGCGUUGACCAGAGAACCUCUCAACUAAUCAACUUCAGCACUAUGGAUGGACAGGUGCAGGGUAGCUCAGAGGGGUUUAAAGAGAAGGUGGCUGACAACUCCUGCUACAAUGGCUAUCAAAAACAUCAGGACCAACAGUCAUCAGAAGGAUACAGCAAUGGUCAGUUUGACCUGCUGUCAGAGACAGUAGACCAUCGGCUCCAGCUUUUCCUGGAUGUGGAUGUGUUUGGGGGAGAAGAGGAGCUUCGCUGCUUUUUAAAGAUGUCCAUUGUGAAGUUUGGAGAUGCAGUGGAGUUCCAUUCCCUCAUGGUUGUGUCAGACCAGUACAUCUACAUCUUAGAAAUCACCUCACAAUCUGAUGGGCAACCCUCAGACUGGCUGCGGAAAAGAGAAAGCCAUCGGUUGUGUGAGCUCAGCUAUCUGGAGGUGGGUCUGGGCUCUCAGAGCAUCCAUCUGGAGUUUGAUGAGGGGGCAGCAGCGUACACACUACUAGUGCGAAACAGUGCCCGCUGCAAAUGGUUCUUCAGCAAGCUUACAGAAAUUGCAAGGGAAUUGGCCCCAAAGUCCGACAGCAAGCUGAAGGGAAUCUCUACCACCCGGCUCAACCCACAGCACCACCUCUGGCAUCUAGUCUGUGAGGACGCCCUGCCAUGUGAUGUAGAAGACAGCCAUCCUCCUUUCCGGUACCUCUUGGCAUUUCUUCAGCAAGAUGGCUCUUUGGACUCUGUGAGUGUACUUGCCACCAAAGAAAUGCUUUUUCUCCUUGAUGAAGACCACCAAUGGAGCAAGAGUCAACCUGAGGGCCAAAUGAGCAGUGGGAAGGUGACCGUUCAGGAAACUCAGCCAAUCAGUUGCCUCAGCUCCAUUUAUCUGUUCUCAUCCAAUCCAUGCCAGGUGGACCUAAAACUUUAUGAUGAGAUGACCAAGAAAGAAAAGACAUGGUCUUUACAUGCUGAAGAUGAAGAGCUGGUACAAGACCUGGUGGACUGGAUCACAAAUCAGUGGGAAAAAAUGUUUGGCGUCAAACUGGCUACUAUCAAGCAGUGACCUCUAGCCACAGUGUUAAAGAAAAGCACACACCUUACAAAAUGAAGAUUCCUGCCUCAAUCUGCCUGCUUUUAAUCUGUAUUACUGUCUUUGUGUAAAUGUGGGCUGUUUGUCUUUUUGUCUCCAAAUUACCCUCACAAAUUCCCUUUUUACCUGCUCUUGGUUGUGCUAAUGUCUUUGUGCAAAUUGUGCAGUAGCAAUGCUGCAAUUCUGAGUGUCUUUUUGACUUUGUACAGCAAAGCACCAACACACCUUAUAAUACAUAACUAUGCAUGCAUUAAGUUGAUUUAUUUUGAAUUUUGUAGAUGGUUCGAAUAUGGAAUUGAAGGGGUAUUUGUUUCUCAGGGUGAAAAGCCUUUCUUUGUGCUCUCAGAAAGGUUCAUAAUUUGGUUAUGCAUGUCACAGGAUAAUAACAGCUUUACUUGUGUGUUGGUGGUGUUAAUGCAAUGCUAGUUGUUAAGACAUGUUGCUGAACUAAAUACCAUCUUACUCUUUGAAACAUUCUGUUGAAGAAGUUUCUCAACUGUAAAUGUGUACACAUUCAUUUUCUGUGAUCAAGCACUUGCAGUAUUUUUUGUCAUGAUUUGUUUAAGGAAACCGGCAUACAUGUAUCUCAUAAAUGUAAAGUUUAACAAUUGUUUUUGUUCCUGCCAAGUUACAAAAUAUUCUAUUCCAGCACUUCUAUAGAGCAUGUAAAAAGAGAGCUAGUGACUACACUUUAAAACGUAAUGGUCACGGGAAAGGAAACCUCAAAUGGCUGUGAAGAGCCUGAAGAGAAUAUUUAAUAUAACCACAUGCAGUUUUGUACCAUGUCAUUUGUGUCAUUCAGAUGUUCUGCACUUUUAUUUCUUUGUAAUUGGUCUAAAAUAAUAGUGAAAUGGCACAUUGUUGUUAACAAAGUUGAAAGCAUAUUGUCAGUCAAUUUAAAAUGUAUUUAAUGUGUAUUUAUUUAUCUUUGUACUGGUCUCCAAUAAGGAAACAUGAUAACUUUUAUUUUUGUAAACAUAAUAAAGUAUUCAAAUCUUA